AUGGAUUCUGAAAAACAAUAUGCUAAUAAGAAAAAAUGCCCAUCAUCGUCCAAGUCACAAUUUAAUAAAAAUAUAAGACAACAACUUCAAACUUUAGACUGUAUUAGAAAAAACAAUGCAAUAUUAUCUAGUAACUCAACUAUUAAAUAUACUAGAACAAGCAUCCAAACUAUCCCUCAUUCUAGAGACAUGACAAAUGAUUUAUUUACUAUUGAACAAGACAUUCCCAAUCCUGCUAGUGUUUCCAAACAACCUUUGCAGACGAUCACAGUAAACAAUGAUUUAACUUUGCCUAGAAUUAUUUCAACUGAAUUAGACUCCAGUAGACCAGAAAAUUUUGAAAAUAAUUUGACAACAAAUGCAGACAUUCCUGAUCAAUUUCGAGCAUGGGCAAUAAGAAAUAAAAUUACUCAUGUUGCUCUACGCGAGUUAUUGUUUAUACAAAAGCAAAUACCUGAAUUGAGAACUCUUCCAAAAGAUCCCAGAACCUUUUUGCAAACACAGAGAACUAUUUUGCGUGACAUUAACCCAGGAAAAUACUAUCAUUUCGGUUUACAAAAUGGCAUUGUAAAUAUUUUGGAAAAAGUUGAUCUUUUAAAUAUUCCUGAUGUGAUAAAUGUUGGUAUAAACAUUGAUGGAUUACCUCUUAGUGAUUCAUCUUUAAGCCAGGUUUAUCCAAUUUUAUGUUUAGUUACUAAUGUUAAAAUUUUAUUGCCUUUGAAUAUUUUUUGUAUUGGAAUUUAUCACGGUUACGAUAAACCAUUAGAUUUUAAUCAAUUAUUGGAGGAAUUUGUAAAUGAGGUUGUUAAUAUGACUUUAAAUGGUAUAUAUAUAAAUGGUAAACAUUUUAAUUUCAAAAUUUCCAUGUUAUUGUUUGAUGCUGUUGCUAAAGCAAGUGUACUUAAAAUCAAAGGCCAUAGUGGAUAUUCAUUAUGUACAAAAUGCACACAGGAGGAAGAAUAUUUAGACCAUGUGAUUUUUCCAGAUAUUGAAUUUAUAAAGAGGACUGAUGAAGAUUUUGUUAAUCAAUCUGAUCCAGAACACCACACUGGUCAUUCUAUCUUACAACAAAUUCCUAACUUAGGUCUAGUAACUGAUGUUCCUCUAGAUUAUAUGCACCUGAUCUGUUUAGGUGUUGUUAAAAAGCUAUUGGUCAACACAUGGUGUUUUGGGCGGCCUCCUCAUAAGUUACAAUCGAGUACAGUUGAAAAAAUAUCAGAAACAUUAUUGAGUUUAGUAAGAUAUAUUCCACAUGAAUUUGUAAGAAAACCAAGACAUAUCAAAGAGGCUAAAAGGUUUAAAGCAACUGAAUUUCGUCAAUUUUUAUUAUACACUGGUAUAAAAGUUUUAAAAAAUAAUUUAGAUAAGAAUAAAUAUGAACAUUUUUUAACAUUGCACGUUGCUAUACGUAUUUUAUCAUCUGAUGUGUUGAUGAAAACUAUGACUGACUAUGCUGAAGAGCUAUUAAAGCAUUUUGUUCUGUCUUCAAAAUUAAUCUACAGCCCUAAAAUAUUGUCACAUAAUUUCCAUAAUUUAUUGCACAUCACUGAUGAUGCCAGAAAAUUCGGAAAUUUAAACUUGUUUAGUAAUUUUUCGUCUGAAAAUUAUCUUCAAAAAAUUAAAAAACUGUUAAGAACUCAUAAUAAUGUACUGUCACAAAUUGUACAUAGAUUAUCAGAAGAAAAUAAUUUACAUAAAUUACCUAUUUCACAUAAAAUAAAUAUUGGAAGUUUUAGGUGUGCAAAAGAAUAUAAUAAUGGAAUUUUAGUAAAAUAUGAUACUUCAGACCCUCAAUAUAAAGAAGUAAUUUUUACUAAUUUUAAACUUGGUUUAAAUCUACAAGAUUCUUGUUGUAGAUUAAAAUGCAACUCUGUUAUUGAAAUUGUAAAUUUUGCAUAUUGUCAUAAAUUGAAAGAAGUGGUUGUUAUUGGUCAUAUAUAUAAUAAUGUGUAUGACUUUUAUACAAAACCUUUGUCUUCUUCAAUAAUUGGAAUCAAUGUUGUUGGUAGUUUAAAUGAAAGUUAUUCAUAUUGGCCUUUAUCAAAAGUGCAUCAAAAAUUAAUUCGUUUGCCUUAUAAAACUGAAUUUUUAGUAAUUCCAUUGCUACACACAUCUGAAAUGCUAUAA